UUUCAGACGGUAACAGGUGUAACAGGUGUCAUCUUCACUAAACUCUAAACUCACCAAGCUGUGGAUGUAACGCGGGAGCUCAGCUUUAAAAUGACCGGGACAGGAGUUUAAGAAGCUCGUGGGGGCCGGAAGUGAAAAAGUUUAAACCCGCAGACGCUCCAUGUGAAUCCUCUCAGCAGAGACCGUGAGCCAUCAGUCAUGAAGAGGAACAAGCAGAUCGACGUCAGGCGAGCCCUCGCUCUGGCCGGCACCUUCAACUUCCUGUGCUCCUGCGCCGCAGCCUGCCUGCUCCCCUUCCUCACCCUGUACUUCAGACAGCUGGGUCUGACUCCCGCCAUGACGGGCAUCAUCAUUGGCACCAAGCACCUCAUAUCGCUGGUGUGGAGCCCCGCGGCGAGCCUCCUCGCCAAACACUACAACAAGAGGCGCGUGGUGAUAAACUGUUGUCUCGUGUGUUCGGCAGCAGCAGCUCUGGUUCUGCUGUUUUUCCCGUCCACUGAGGUGCACAUCAGCACCUGUAACAUGUCUGAUCUGAGCAGCGGUCCUACACAGAGUCUGGGUGGUGACCUCAUCAUGAGCAGCAUUGCACCGGCCGUGUCUUCAAGAAGUCACUCUGAAAUCAACACAGCUCCUGUUUCCCACUCUGCCGUCACUCCUCCUGCUCAGACACUCCCUCAUACUAAAGCUGCUCCUGUUAUGACGAGCAGAACUGGACUUAAAACUCAUCCUCAGCUGACACAGGAGAACGUAUCAGCAGUGACGGUCAGCGACGGCGCCGGAGAAUCAAAGAUCAGCAGCUCCGUCACACACCACGCCUCCAGCUCUACAGCAGCUCUGCUGAGGAAUAAGAGGUCCAAAGAACAGGAAGGAGGAAAGAAGGUGGAGGAAGAGGAGAGCAGUUUUGAUUUUCUGGGCAGCCUGAAGGCGAUGGACCCUCAACACCAGCUCUUCUUCUUGGUGCUCAUCACCGUGUCUGUGUGGGAGGUUGCGUCAGCCCCUCUGGAGUGGACGGCAGACGACGGCCUGUACGAAUAUCUGGACUUUGCAGACGCUUCAGAUCGCUACAGCAGCACCGGGCUGUGGAGUUUACUCGGAGCGGCGUGUGGGGUCGGAGGAACAGGUUUGCUGGUGAGCCAGUUACACUGUCUGAUAGCUGGUCAGACGACGAGGAGCGCUGUGCAUUUCUACAGCUACGCCGGUGUGUCAGCUCUGGCCCUGCCUGCGGCCGCCUGCCUCCCUCUCUACCUCAACAAGAAGCGAGACAGAGCCAACGGGCUCCUCAAGGCCAUGCAGCUGGUGCGAGGCUCCCCCCGCGCUCUGCUCUGCGCAGUCACCACCCUGCUGGUCGGGGUAACGAACUCGGCCGUGGAGAACUUCCUCCUGUGGCAGAUGCAGGAUCAGGGGAGCAGUGAGCUGCACAUGGGGCUGACUCUCGCCCUCGCUCUGCUCUCACAGGCCGCCUUCCCUCUGCUGGCUACUCGAGUCUCCAAGCUCCUCAGCCCGGGCAGGGUGCUCGCUGUGGGGGCUGCGACUCUCGGGCUGCAGUGCCUCUACUACUCCUUCCUGUGGGGACCGUGGGCGGCGCUACCUGCUCAGGUGUUCAGCUGUUUCAGCAGCGGAGCCCUCUGGUGGGCCGUGAGGCUGCAGUGUGAGGACGUGGCCACGCCGGGGGCUGAGAGGAGCGUGAGGAGGGUCUACAGCUCACUGUCUCUACACCUGGGCAGCGGGCUGGGGAGCUUCGCCGGAGGGUUUGUGGCGCAGAGGUUUGGGCUGACGUGGCUGUUCAGAGGAGCGGCGGUGGGUGUGAUGAUGUGGUGUGUGUGUCUGCCUCUGCUCCAGUGGAAAGCUCCUCGCCAACGCAGGAUUAACUACUCUCGCCUUUUGGCGGCCGAUGCAAGUGAAGCCAGUGACUCUGAGUCUGAACAGGACAGAGACUGGCUGGAGAAAGCGAUGGAGGACGACAGAAGCAACAACAACAACUAUGGAAGGAGGAUAAACCGCUGAACUCUGGUGUGAAGGACGCUUCAAAGACUGCAGCAGACAGAGAGUGUUCCCUUCACAAAAUCACAUCAUAGAGUCAUUUCUGUCAGUGUGGAAAUCAGAGGGUUUAUGCUCUCAGUUACAGACAUGUCACUCUUCAUCAUCAGGUACUGGCGCACCAACCAUGAAUACGUUACAUUUGCACGUUUCACAUGAAUCAUUUCAACGUUUCUUAAGUGAUGUAAUUUAUGAACUGACUUUGUCAUGGCAGCUGGAGGAGGUGGUGGAUGGCAGCUCACCUUAACAUCUACCAAGCUGCAGACCACUGUUUGAGACCAUCAAACAACAAAACAAAUGUGUUUUAGCGAGUCAUUGCUGCAGCUUUUUAGGCACCAGACACGGGGGUUUGUAGCAACCUGUCACUGUUUUUCCAGAGGGCAUUGCUACACAUCAGGCGGCUGUUUUUACUGAGACAUCACUGCGUUUCCUGCUGGGAUAGUGGCAUGAAAAACAGUUGCUUUCUACAGAAACAUUGUUGUGUUUUCCACCAGGAUUGUGGCACGAAAAGUGGUUGUUUCUUACCGAGACAUCGCUGCAUUUCCCGCAAGGACAGUGGCAUGAAAAGUGGUUGAAAAAAAAUCAACUGCUUUUUGUGCCACAAUCUCAGCAGGAAAUGCAGCGAUGUCUCGGUAAGAAACUAAGACAUUGCUGCAUUUCCUGCUGGGAUAGUGGCACAAAAAGCAGUUCUUUUUUACCGACACAUCGCUGUGUGUCCCGUCAGAAUAUUGGCAACAAAAGCAGUUGUUUUUUACAGAGGCAUUGCUGCGUCCCCUGCUGGAAUAGUGGCACAAAAAGAAGUUGUUUUUGACGACAUCGCUGUAUUUCCCACCAGGAUAGUGGCAUGAACAGCAGCUGCUUUUUACAGAGAUAUCACUGCAGUUACCACUGGAUUAGUGGCAUGAAAACCAGUUGCUUAUUAAGGAGAAAUCACUGCAUUUCUCGCAAGGAUAGUGGCAUGAAAAGCGGUUGUAAAAAUCAACUGCUUUUUGUGCCACUAUCCUAGCAGGAAAUGUCUGGGUAAAAAACAAAGACAUCGCUGCAUUUCCUGCUGGGAUAGUGGCACGAAAAGCAGUUGCUUUCUACAGAAUCAUUGCUGUGUUUUCCACCAGGAUAGUGGCACAAAAAGCAGACAUCACUGCAGUUACCACUGGAUUAGAGGCAUGAAAAGCAGUUGCUUUUUAGUAGAAAUCACUGCAUUUACUGCUGGAAACGUGGUACAAAAAGGGGUUGUUUUUGACCGAGACAUCACUGCUUUUCGCGCCAAGACAGUGGUAUAAAAAGUGGUUGUAAAAAUUAACUGAUUUUCGUGCCACUAUCACAGCAGGAAAUGCAGUGAUGUCUCUGUAAAACACAAAGACAUCGCUGCAUUUCCUGCUGUGAUAGUGGCAUGAAAAUCAGUUGCUUUUUAGGGAUAGAUCACUGAAUUUUUCGCCGGAAUAGUGGCACAAAAAGCAGUUGUUUUUAAAUGAGACAUUGCUGCAUUUCCCACUGAGAUGAUGGCAUGAAAAGCAGUCAUUUUCUACGAGAUGUUGCUGCAUUUCCCGCUGGAACCGUGGCACGGCAAGGGGUCGUUUUUUUACCAAGACAUUGCUGCAGAGAAACCAGGUAUUCUAAUUCAAACAUUAUCUCUUUCCUAACCACAACUAAUUGUUUUUUGUUCCUAAACCUAACCACGUAUUAACCUCAGCACUGCUGAAAAGCUUCAGUGUUUCCGCAGCAUAAUAACGUGCAAAUGUUACGUAUCCAUGGUUUGCAGAAACGUACAGUGCCAACAUUAUUCUGCUGUUUGGUUGCAGGUAGCUCAGCUCAAAGCAGGAUAAUUGAUUUACUCUGACAGGUUUAAUAAAAGCAAAGUGUUGACUUCUAACUCAUCACUGCUCAUAAUUUUCCCAUCAGAAUGAAAUCUUGUGGCGUCUCUUCUGUCUUGCCAUUUUCGGGGAUUCGUCUCUGGGCCACCUGAGCCUUCACAAAUGAACAUUAGCAUAAGCAAUCAUUCUUUUAUAGAGCAAACAAGGCAGCAGGAUUAUGGGUGGGCAGAAGACUCGGCACCACCUGGCAGGUUCAGCGGCUCAGGCAUCGUGACAACAGAAACACUGAAGCCUCUUUCUGGGAGUGUAAACACAAGACGUGUGCACAAGGUGAGGCCAAACUAAACUGGCUCCUUGUUUGAACACACCCCAACAGUCUGUUUAUCUGCUGCUAAGGUCAACGCUGUCGCUCACUGUGUCUGUGCCUUAUUUUGUAAUGUGUGAACUGAUAAAACGAUUAAAUGAGAUGGAAGUUGAUCAGUCGUGUGUGUUUAACUGCAGUCAAACUGGGUUGUAAGGUUCUUGUUACGCACGCGUGAGAUGAUGUGUUUGUUUAACCUGUAUUUCAGAGUCACUCUUAUCAAUGGUUCGUUAUUACCUGUUAGAUAACACUGCAGAGCGUGGUGCCAAAUGUAGAUUACAUAUACUGCAAUUUUAUGAAAUCAUGUCACAUGAAUACAGAUAGAAAGGCUGCCUAAUAUAAUUUUCUUCUGUCCAAAUGUUUCUGUAUGCCUCUACUGUGUUAGAAAGUCUUCAGCCUGUUGCAGAUCUGAGUGCUGUGAAGAGUAAACUAAUGAUACUAAAAGAAUCUCCACCUCUGUAGAGCAGAAACAUCUGGCAGCAUUUGUUCCUCUUGAGUAUUUACAGUGAACAUUCUUACA